AUGGCCAACUGCAAUAUUCAGUUGACGAUCGACAUUGGCUGUCCAUGGUGUUACCUAGGCUGGAAUCGUCUUCGAAGAGCGGUUGCUUUAUACCGAGACCAGGCUUCAGAUGCCACUGCCGAUACCGUCACCAUCGUUUAUCGUUACAUAUCGAUCGAUCCGACUCUGCCCAAGGUCCCUGUUAGCCAAAGAGAGCACUUGCUGAAAAAGAUGCUCCCGGAAACGAUUGACACAGUUCACUCGGCGAUGAAGUCUAUGGGCCAAAAAGAAGGUAUCAAGUACAACUUCAACAGCAAGAUUGGGAACACGAGAGAUAUCCAUAGACUUAUGUACCUCGCAAGGUCAAAGUCGCCUGAGGUUGAAGAACGUCUGUUGUCGAUUGUCUUCAAGUCACACUUCGAGGAAGAAGGCGAUAUCACCUGUCAUGAUACUCUAGUCUCUUAUGCUGGAAAGGCCGGUAUUAGCGGAGCAGAUGUUAGGAGCUGGCUUGAUAACGGUGGAGGAGAAAAUGAGUUCGAGCAGGACAAACUGGAAUCGCGCACGACCGACAUCACUUCUGUUCCACACAUGCUGAUAAACGGAAGAUCUGUAUCCAAGGGUGUGCCUGAAGUCGAGGUCUUGUUGCAGAUGUUUACCAAGCAAUUCAGCCAUUAA